CCUAUCUGUGAACAAGAAGAAGAACAAAUUUGAAUACACUAUUAAAUGUGAGGUUGGUCAUUCGACUGAAGACCAACAUCAGCCUUUCAAGAUGAUGUAUGAAAGAGCUUCCAUUUCACCUUUCGCUAGGAGAAGAUUGACAAGAGAUUGGCGUAUUCUAGCGGAAGAUGUGGAGGAUCAGAGGUUCAGCAAGUGCACGACAAGAAGAAAAACCUUCGUUAACGAAGUUUGGCUGGAGAGCGCCGUCGAUUUACAUAACCUAGUCUUCAAUACACUCGAUUUCGUCACAGGAAGUUUUUACGAAGGUCAGUGCAGCAAAACUGGCAUGGAAGGAAUGGGGACGUAUACCUUUCCCCAUGGAGUGGUUUACGAAGGUCAAUUCAGAGACGGAAUGUUUCACGGUAAAGGCAUACUGAUCUAUCCAAAUGGUCAAGCCAUGAACUGCACUUUCCAGAAGGGCAAAAUGACGAAAUGGGAGUUUCUUUUUAUGCCGCCAAAUACGAACUUAACAGACGAUGAUUACAGCAUUUCAGCUAAAAGGAGCUGGGCUCCUGAUAGCGACGUUUCUUUCAAGGUCAAAGCUGAAGGCGAUUUAGAUAUAGCAACUUACUGCCAACCACCAGACCGGAGGUUUCACCUGAGCCAUACCGAAGGCCUCAAGCCAGCCACUAAAGAAAAUUUAACGAACAUCCGCCCUACAAGAGAGAUUCCCGAGGAUUGUUAUGAUGUCGGUGAUGGCUUCUAUAACCCAAGAACCAAAUGGGUGCACCACGCUGGUGAUAUGGACAAUUUGCUGUACAUGGCACCAGAAAAUAGUAGAACACCGAAGUUAUCAACAGAGAGGGCUCGCAGAGAGUUCACAGAGAAGAUACCAAACGUUCCUAUUUAUAAGAACGAGAAAUGGAUCAAAGACCAUUGUAGAAAGGCUUGGGACGAAAAUGUGGGCUAUAAACCGAGCCUUUACGAAUACUGGUUUUCUGGAAGAAACGAACGUAGGGAAAAAAUGAAUAUGCGAUACCAUAGUGAGGGUGGAAAUUUUGUUAAGGAGGAGUCUAUAAAUGAGGAGUGUCUCAAAUAUUUCCAGCCAAAAUUAGCUUUCGCUGAGAAAAGUCGACAGAGUUCUUAUUCUCCUGAUCAGUGAAUAAAGAUUUACUGAAAUU